AAAGAGAAAGAAAGAGAGGGAAAGAGAGAGAGAGAGAGAGAGAGAGAGAGAGAGAGAGAGGAGGAGAAGGAGGAGAAGAAAGAGAAGAGUUUGUUGUGUAAAAGUGGAUCUAGGGAAUUUUUCCGAUCCGCCUAGGGAGAUACUUGUCGAUUCGAAUCGGCAGCAGCAAGUUUAGUUCCACUCUCGGCGCGCCGAUUAUACACGGAUGCCAUGAGACCUGCUGCUGCUAAUACUACUACUAUUACUAUUGCUACUACUACUACUACUACUACUAUUACUAUUGCUACUACUACUACAAUACUACUACUACUGAUAUUCCUACUACUACUAUUACUACUACUACUAUUACUUCUAGUACUAUUACUGCUACUACUACAUCGACGUAUCACCGAGACACGUGACAGGCCGAGUUAGAGUACGCUCGACGAGUCAUGAAGAAGCCACGCCUGGAGCGGGACCGACUGCGUGAACGGGAGAGACAGGCCCGUGCCGCGAUGUCGGUUCAGGCAGAACAAGCGGCUGCGGGAGGAAGUGCUGAUCCGAGACACCAUCACCAUAGCCAUCAUAGUCACGCUCAUCACCACGCUAACACACACAGUAGUGCAUCACUUUUCCGUGCUCCAGUAAAGGUGAAUCCAGAUACCCAAGACCGUACUACCCAGCAAAUUCAAUCUAAGCUGGGUAAUUAUUCUUUGGUGAAGCACCUCUUAGAUGAACCAAAGAGGUUAAUUGGAAUCGAGGGUGUCCCAGCAAGUCCUGCACCAUGCACUACUUCUUCCUCUCAUCGUACUAUUGUUAGCACAAUCGGAUCAAGCUCCAGGAGUUCGCCAUCUUCGCAGGAAUUUAAAAAGCCCGGUGGCCCAAGGACGAGUAAUUCCUCGUCUUCCACUACGACGUCCUCCACAACUUCUUCAACGACAUCCUCCACUUCAUCUUCCUCUACAUCGUCGAGCCAUCAGCGUGGUGCAUUCGUUAAGCCUGUUGACGGGAAACCACCUUAUGGCGUCCGUACAGGUUAUUCUGGGCAGCUGAAACAUUCUGGAAACAGUAAUAGUGAUCAUCGGAAUCACAGUUUACUGUCCCUUAAGGGACAACCUGUUAAAUCGCCUGGAAAUAUCUUAUCCGGGAAUGUAUCCAACAUUGGCAACUCUGCCAAUCGACUUCAUACAGCUGCAUGCAGAUUAUCAAGGAUACCUCUGGAUAACAAACAUAACCCAAGUGAAAAUUCAGCGGACGUGGAGAAUAUUCUGAAGGAAAUGACAAUCCCACCGACUCCAUUAACAGCUAUUGCACAAACACCAAGGAAAGAGCUGGAGUCGAAGUUCACGUUUAAUCCCGUUUUAGCAAAGCUGACCGAAGUUCUUCCGUCAGAUGCCACGAAAACCCUUGAACGGGACAGACACUCCAGUAGCAGAUUGUCCGCUGAUCUGGAAAGAGAUUUAAGCCUAUCAGAGGAUAGCGAGGAUGAAACAAAUAAGAACACUUUACCUAGACCCAUUAGAGGUAACAGAAGUCCAAACGUUUCUGUUAGUCUACCAACCCCAUUAAUGUCAACCAUGGUACCGGGAUCUGCCACUAUUGCACCUAUGUCUCCAAUGCCAAUAUCACCGGUGGGAUCGCUAUCACCUUCGAGGCCUUUGAGUUUACCUCGACCAUCCCCGCCGUUAAAACAAUUAACACCGGAAAAAGUUACGUCGCCAACAUUGGUUAGUCCAUUGAGAACUAAAGAUUCACCUAAUACGUCAACUCAUCAUCGGCCGCCAAGUCCUCCCGGACAAGCCCCACAAAGUUCCGGAAGUGCGAGUUCUAGCUCGGACUCUGGUUCAGAUUCUGGGAGCGAUAGCAGCGAUGAUUCUGAUGAUGAGAACGUUCAACCAAUUGCGAAGGGACCUUCAACACCUCCCUCUGUCUCUCCUGGAGUAGUUGAAGAACCACCGCCUGAGGUUGAAGAAUCUAAACCAAGAUGGAAUUUAAGUUCCUUCUUUAGCAAGUCUUCCGUGCCACCGGGUGAUCAAAAUUCAGAAAUAAAGACUAUGGCUCAGGAUGAAAUCAGACCGGAGGGUACACCAGAAGAACCGUCGGAGAUAAGAGUACACAGAGAAAAGUCUCACGAUUGGCAUUUAGAUGAGGCUUUAAAAAGAACUCAUAAUCCGACGAUGAUGAGUUUACUAAGUGACAGCAGUCAUCAUUCAGAUCAAGAAAAAGGUCAGACUGUUGAAGAAAGUCAUUUAGAGAUAGAGAAACCAAAAGUAGCGGACACAAGGAAACGUGGUCGACCGAGAAAAUCGGCGAAAAGUCCAAAGCGUGAUCGUAGAACGUCAGAUGAAAAUACAAAAAGUACUAAAUCGCGUAGUAGGACACGGCCAGUUAAUAAAAAAAAGAGAUCGAUAUCGAAAGCGAUUGUGCCAACUAGCGAUGAUGCAAGUGACAUAAGGUCGCGGGAUGCAUCAACUGAUUCAGAUAGCGAUAAACCAGCCGCAUCAGUUACACCAGCUAUAACAGGUAUAACUGAAAAAAGAAGAUCAAGAUUGAGCAUAUCAUCUAGCGAGGACGAAAGUCCAUCAAAUGGGAAGAACAGCGGGUCCGAGGGUGAGACAGGUCGUUGGAGAAGAACUUCUGUUAAACAACGUAGUAAACUCGCGGAUUCCCCCAAGAAGCAAGAUAAGAAGAAGAGUCCGACCAAGGCGAAACCAAGAAGGCCAAGAUCAAGAAUAACAAAUGUCAAUGGCGGUUCCGAUUCUGACAGCGAAUCUGAAGUUGCUACGAGGAAUCGCAUUCAAGUGGCCAGCGUUCACAUGUAUAGAGUUCCACCUAGACCGCGAAUACCACCAACGAGGACAACUUCACCGGACAAUUCUGAUAGCGACAAUAGUCCAACUCCGAAAUUGCAAGAAGACGAUGCCGGCAAUGUUCAGGAUAAGAAAAAGAGCGAUACCUUGCGAAAAUUGUUUUCUAUAUCCAAAGGAGGUGCGAAAGGUGGUGGCAAGGGUGGAAAAGGUGGCAAGGGUGGUGGAAAGUGCGGUAUUUAUGUUCAGGAGUAUACAUCCUCGGCCAAUACACCAAAUGGUAGUGAAAGUCCGUACAAAAGACCGCUAUCGCAAUCUUCGAACGCUCAAACAAUACCUCCGUUAACCUAUAAAAAUGGUGUGCCCAGUUUAAUGUGCAAGAUAGACCUUAGUAGGAUAGCCCAUUUAUCGCAAAUGUCGAGAGGACAGGAACUCAGGCAACGGACAGAACUUCCGGAUACCAGGCCAUCCUCCAGACAAUCUUCGAGCAUACACGCUCAAGUACCAAGACCACCAACUCCAGAGGAAGGUGAGAUAAUCGAUGCAUCGCCGGUUCAGCAACGUUCAUCGGACGUUAGGAGGACUCAUGGCGAUAAUAAUACAUUGGACCAAAGUGAAAAGAAAAGUCGUUCUAACCUCGUAAAAAAUGACACUCGUUCUUCGGACUCAAAAAACUGCACUGGUAGUGGCAUUCACAGUGCUGGUGGUAGUGCCGGUGCUGGUAGUUCUAGUGCCACGAGUUCUAACGUAACAAAGAGGAAACGGAAUACCAGCUGCAGUUCAGUUUCUAGUUUAAGUACUGUUUGUUCUACGGAUUUAAAGUCGAAAGGCAGCAGUGCCGAGCACAAAGAGAAAAGGAGGAAAAGGAAGCACGCCGAAUCUGAAACGACCACGCCUAGACCGUCUUCGGUUCAGCAAAAUGACGUACAGCCUACAAAUCACGAGCGGGAAGAAAAAAAUGAUACAAAUUUGUUACCACCCCCACCCCCGCCACAACGUAUCUACUAUUCGUAUUUUCACGCGCAAAACGAGGUGUUGGAAGACCAGGACAGGGACCAGAAUCAGUACCUGACGGAAGCAAAACGGCUGAAACAUAGCGCUGACGAGGAGUGCGAACUCACGGCACAAGGUAUGUUAUACUUGGAGGCCGUUUUAUAUUUUUUGCUUACUGGCAACGCCAUGGAGUCUGACCCUCUUACAGAACGGGCGUCGUUCACGAUGUAUAGGGACACUCUAAGUCUUAUAAAAUAUAUUUCAUCAAAGUUCAAGAGUCAACAAAAUAACUCUCCGGAAAGCAGUAUAAAUAACAAAUUGGCGGUACUGAGCCUCUGGUGCCAAUCCCUUUUAUAUCUGAAAAUGUUUAAAAUGCUCAAACACGAAGUGAAAGAAUAUCAAAAGAUCCUUAAUGAAUAUCAUCAAAAGCCUGCUCAAGCAACACCAGUACAGCCAGAAGGUCAAGGUACACCAUCUUUGUCUCCAACACCAUCUCCUGCCGGUUCAGUUGGUUCAGUCGGUAGUCAAAGUUCCGGUUACAGUAGUGGUGAAUUAGCUAAUAGAGGAGUUGCUUCAGGUCAACCCCAGGCAGCACCUUACGUCAGUGUUCCACUCCAUGUUCAUAAUGCCAUGGCAAAACAAAAUUAUUACUUUAGUUUGCUGUUAACCUGUCAUGAUCUUUGGGAUCAAGCAAACGCUUUGGUAACAGAUAAACAUAAAGAUUUUUUCAUUGAGCUGGACGAGAAGAUGGGACCUCUAACACUGAAGAGCUCGUUAUGCGAUCUCGUGCGUUACGUAAAAGCUGGUAUAAAAAAGCUUCGAGCUCUCUGACCACAAUGGCACAGCCCCCGGCCACCUACUCCCAACUACAUUACCUCACUCCCACAAAACAUCGCAACGUAUCCAACGAUGUUCACGUGAAUCCAACGUGACACACAUGUACGUCCUGGAUAUAAUCGUCGUAACAUCGAUAUGGAAAAAAAUGUACUUUUUCUAGCCAGGAAAAGAAUAGAAUCUACGUUUUUUUUUUUUUUUUUUCUUUAAACGGGAUGGGAAGGGUGGGAGGGAGGGAUGGAUGGAAGGGUUGAGGAAAAGGUGAUACAACAUAGGAAAAAAAACCAAUUGGUCACGGGGUGCGAUGGAUAGAUAGAAAAGAUUUAGAAAAGAACAAAGGAGUAAAACGAAUGAAAGAAAAAUAAGAAGAAAAAUAGAGAAAAAAGAAAGAAAGAAAGAAAAGUAAGACGAAGAGAGAUACGAAUGUAUUUAAGGAACGAAACAAAAUCCUCGGCCCGCGAUGACGAUAUAAUAAAAUCAUUGACUGUCAUCGUGCAAAAACGUUUUUUCAUCAAGAUACGCGCGCGUUCAUGUCCUUAAAACAAUCAUCGUUAUUAAAAAUGUUAAUAAACAAUGAUUGUUGUAAGGAAAAGAAUCGUUGUGUUUGUUAACACCUUAAUAAUGGCAAUGAUCGUGUGUUUGGUAAGGGGAAAUGGCGAGAGUUUUUCAUAUAUGGAAGAGAAAAGAAGGGGUGAAAUAAAAAAAAAUGAAAAAAGAAAAAAAAAUAAACAAGAAAGAAAUGGUUUAGCAGGAUGUUAGUCAAUUUUUUUUUGCGGAUCAUUGUGGGCUAUAUAGAUAAAAAAACAAAAAAAAAAUAUAUAUAUAUAUAUAUAUGUAUAUAUAUAUAUAUAUAUCGAUGAUUCAAAAGUCGCGUGUGUUUGCCCAACUCUAGGAAAACGAGUUACAACUUAUAUAUAUUUUUUCGAAAUGUCCGCUUUUGUAAGUUAUCGCAUGUAGAUACGAGAAGAUCGACGAAAGGAGUAUGAAUUGAGAGAAUUAACUAACAAUGAGGAUAAUAAAUAUAGGUACACGUAAAGUGAUUGGAAGUUUUUUUGAUAGAAAAAUAAUGAGGAGGAAGUUCAAUAAAUGGAAGUGAAUAGAAGUGCCACAGGAGCGCCCGUGUUUUCUCGCUUCACGGUGCGCAACAGCCGACGUUACCUGAAGCAUGAGUCUCGUCUUAUCGGCGAUUCGCGUGCGACGAAAAAAAAAAAAAAUAAAAAAGAAAAUAAAAAAAAAAAAAAUAAAA